AUGGCAGAAAGUAAACCAAAAUUAACAAAUGCAGGAUCAUCAGCAUCAUUACACAGUAUGUAUAAGAAUGUAGAUUUAUUCAGUGAAAAUGAUGAAGAACUUUAUCCACCAUUAGGCCACGGCGCAAGAUUUGCUGCACCACUUGAGGACAGUCAAUUACAAGCCAUUGGUAUGAAAGCUGAUGAAAUCAAAGCAUUCCAACAACAAAGACAUCAAUAUAUCAAUAAAGAUAAAAUCUACACUGAUGAAAUUAAAAUUCCAAAUAGAUCCGAUAUGGCUGAUUAUCACCAACUCCAUGUUCUUUCACCAGUCGAUCAAUCUAAUGCCUCAAGAUUAUUAAGCAAACUUGUUGUAAUUAAAUUAAAUGGUGGCUUGGGUAAUAGUAUGGGUUGCAAAUCUGCCAAAGGUUUAAUUGAAGUUGCCACAGGUACUUCUUUUUUGGAUAUGGCUGUUGCUCACAUUGAACAAAUUAAUCAAGACUAUGGCGUUGAUGUACCAUUGGUAAUUUUAAAUUCAUUCAAAACAAAUAAUGAAACAAUUAAAGUAAUUGAAAAAUAUAAGACCCAUAAAGUUACAAUUAAAACUUUCCAACAAUCAGUAUUCCCAAAAAUGUACAAAGAUACAUUAAACCUUGUACCAAAACCAAAUACUCCAUUUAAUCCAAAAGAAUGGUAUCCACCAGGUAGUGGUGAUGUUUUCAGAUCACUUCAAAGAUCUGGUCUUUUGGAUGAAUUUUUAGCUCAAGGUAAAGAAUAUAUGUACAUUUCAAAUAUUGAAAAUUUAGGUUCAAUCAUUGAUAUACAGGUAUUAAAUCAUAUUCAUCUUCAAAAAAUUGAAUUUGGUGUUGAAGUUACAAAUCGUAUUAAUACCGAUGCAACUGGUGGUAUUUUAAUGUCCUACAAAGAUAGACUCCAUCUUUUAGAGUUAUCACAAGUUAAAGCAGAAAAAUUAAAGAUCUUUAAAGAUUUUAAAUAUUGGAAUACAAAUAAUAUUUGGGUUAAUCUUAAAUCAGUUUCAACUUUAAUUAAAGAAGAUAAAUUAGUUUUAGAUUGGAUUGUUAACUACCCAAUGGAAAAUCAUAAAGCUUUAGUACAACUUGAAACUCCAGCAGGUAUGGGAAUUCAAAACUUUAAGAACUCUGUUGCUAUUUUUGUACCACGUGAUAGAUAUCGUCCAAUUAAAUCAACCUCACAAUUAUUACUUGCCCAAUCAAACAUUUUCCAAUUUGAUCAUGGUCAAGUUAAGUUAAAUCCAAAACGUGAAGGUCAAGAUGUACCAUUAAUUAAACUCGGUGAAGAAUUUUCAAGUGUUUCAGAGUAUGAAAAAAGAUUCAAAUCAAUUCCAGAUCUUUUAGAGUUGGACCAUUUAACAGUUUCUGGUGAUGUUUACUUUGGCUCAAAUGUCACACUUAAAGGAACCGUUAUCAUUGUCGCCAAUCAUGGUGAGAGAAUUGAUAUUCCAGACGGUGUUACUUUGGAAAACAAGGUAUUAUCUGGCACACUUAGAAUUUUAGACCAUUAA